CAGUCUUCACAUUGUGGCAAAGUUGAUACUGAAGGCAAAUCAAACAUCUGAGAUGAUGAUGGUUUGAACGUUUCAACGUACGUACACUCCCGAAACCUAGCCUCAGUUGAUCGUUGGCUGCAUUAGGUGAAGGAUCGUAAGUUAGUGGAGUGUCACUGCCGAAACAAAAAUGUCCAAAGAAGAGUCCAAGUAUGGUUUCAAAGACAAAGCCAAGGCCGAAGAGUCGCUGGAAUUGCUCAAAAGCGAAGACCACAAGUACCAGGUCCUAACGGUGCGUGGCCUCCUGGGGAGGGCCAAACGUGUGCUGACUCUAACGAAAGCGGAGGAAAAGGUCAAGAACAUCAAGGAAGCGAUUGAGGUAUUCGAGAGUUGGAUCGAAGAUAACUCCAACAGCAGCUCGAAAAAUGCGAAACCGAAAGAGUCGGAGGAAAAGGUUGAAACGGUGGCUGGUCUCGGUUUCAAGGAUCAAGAAGCAGCCGAGAAGACCUUAAAGAUUUUGGAAGGACGCGAUCCUGAUUACCAAAAGCUCGCAAUUAAAGGCCUGCUUGGCAGUGCCAAGCGUGUUCUUCCGUCGACAAAGAACGAAGACAAAAUCAAAUCCAUCAAGAAAGCAAUGGAGAUAUUUGACGAUUUCCUGGAAACUUUCGAUAGCGAAGAGCGUUCCAAGCAAAACAUGGCCUAUCUUGCGCUGGACUUGAUCAAAACUCUCCCGAAUAAGCCCUCCGAUGCUCUGGCGGUUGAGUUUGUCGAGUGCUACGAUAAGGUAGCCAAAGGAAACUACAAACACUUGCGAACAAAGUUUCCGAAGCAUGACGAUAGCACCAGCUGGGACAUCGUUCGAAACCGAAAGUUGCUAAAACUGAAGGAAAAGGUCAAGCAAAGCGGCGAGAAACUGUUCGACUCGGACGGGAAACCAACGGAAGCGCAUCUGCAGAUGAUUUACUGGGCGUACAGUCCCAAUGUUGAUAAACUGAAAACGUACUGCUCGAAGUUGGAGAAAACGGGUGGAAAGAAGCGGACACAUUCCUCGUCCGAAAGCGAUAGCGACAGCGAUAGCGACGAUGAACCGAAGGAUAAGAAGAAAUCCAAGAAAUGAGAUGUAAAUGUUUUCUGUUUAGGUGGUGGACUAAUAAACGAUAUUGUCAAAUUUGUGUUUAAACUGUAA